AUGCAUGUGAUCUCUCAAAUUUUUUCGAAGCAACUUAUAAAAGAGCUGAUGAUGCUGAAAUUUUCGUCUGAAGAUUCUUCGGUUUUUCUUCCUCUUAUUAUCUGUAUUGUCACUUCAAACUGCUUCCAGUAUCUUGUGCAUUUUAUCCAUACCACAAUGAAUGAGGCACAGUACGCGAACAUGAAUGUUAGGCGAAAGAAGAAGAGAGGCCUUGCUCUUCUAAUUGGCAUGGAGAAGGGAAGGGAUGGUAGUGAGGCUGACCGGAACCGAGUGGAAAGCAUGGCGGAUUAUCUGCAUUUUGUUUAUACGCUGAUUAUAGACAGAAAAGCAAGUGAUAUUCAACAGGUAGUUGAAAGCAUACUGGCAAAGGAUGUAAAAGAAACAGAUGAAUGCAUCGUUUGUUGUGUGGAUGCUCACGGAGCGGUUUCAGAUGGAAUACACUUCAUUUAUGACAACGAGGGCGAUGGUAUCGAACUUCUUUCUAAGAUAUUGAAGCCCAUUAGUGACUGCGACCUUCUCAGCAGGGAAGCCGAAGGUGUUUGUGGUGAAUUCUUGUCGUGAAAUCCGUGGAGGGACUGAACCUACGAGCAGUAAUAGUCAGGAACAGAAUGAUCUUGAAGGCAAAGAGGAUUGUUUGCUCAUGUAUUCUUCCAAACUGAACACCCAGUCCUAUAGAGCAGAAACAGGUUUGACAAAAGGUACACUUUUCAUAUCUGAGUUGACUUAUCACAUUAGUCUGUCAUACCAAACGACGGAUGUGCAGGAUAUCUUGAAGAAGGUCGAGAAGAAAGUUCAAGAACUUGCAGCAAGAAUGAAAGUCGAUCAGUGCCCUGUCAUGUACUCCUCUCUCAAAAAGAGGCUUUCCUGGCGCCUGAAGUAAAACUAAGCAUCCUGUCCCGGCAUACUUACAAUCAACACACGCGUAGAUGCAUCAAUGAUAAUUACCCUGUACUAGGAGAGCGUCUGAGACGAAACAUGCGAGACAACAGGUUGAAGUGCUGAUAUGGUUCUAUGACGCAGGAAGACAUUCCUCGCUGACGUUUCUACACGCAGUGAUGUGUUUCCCAUGACUUGUUUGGGUGCAAUAGAGGAGCUCAUGGCCCUUGCUUUUGCCAAGUUGCCUUCUUUCAUAAGAGAGUCCCGUUUCGAGGUACGAAAGAAUUCUAAUUGCCGCAUAGCCUUACGUCUAGUAUGUAGGCAGCUGUUAUUACCAUGGUGGGUUUACUAUUCUAUUGAUUAAUCUGCCAAUGGAAUCACAAAAGAGUCCUUAGAAGGCUUCUGUUCUGGCAUCUAGAAUUGGGUGGGUACGUGCAUGAUCAAAUGUAACAACUAGAGCCACUUACAUGUCGUAUGCAACUAGUGCAGUUUAGUGCAAUCUCGAAUUGUUGUUAGAGACGAGUUCUACUGUUAUAGGACAAAGUGGUUGAAAUGUCAUUCCUUAGAGUAGAUUUUAGCAUUAGUAUUCUGUAUUUUAAAAAUGUAAAUAAUGACAAUCUCAUCGUGAUCCAUCUUGACAUCGAUCAUGAACAUAAAUAAAAGAGAAAUUUGCUUUAUAUAAGGAG